AACCCUCACAGGACCAUCAACAGCUGUUUUUUUUCUGAAGGGAGGGGAAAAGUAAAGAGUCAUCAUGGGAGACGCAGAGAUGGAGUGUUUUGGCCCGGCGGCCAUUUACCUCCGCAAGCCAGAAAGAGAGCGCAUUGAAGCCCAGAACACUCCAUUUGAUGCUAAAACAGCAUACUUUGUGACUGAGCCCAAUGAAAUGUACCUCAAGGGAAAACUUAUUAAGAGAGAGGGCGGCAAAGCCACCGUGGAGACUCUGUGCGGGAAGACUAUCACUGUGAAAGAAGAUGAAGUCUUCCCCAUGAACCCUCCAAAGUUCGAUAAGAUUGAGGACAUGGCCAUGAUGACCCACCUCAGUGAGCCUACUGUGCUGUAUAACCUCAAAGAGCGCUAUGCAGCAUGGAUGAUCUACACCUACUCGGGGCUUUUCUGCGUCACUGUGAACCCCUACAAGUGGCUCCCAGUGUAUGAUUCAAUGGUUGUGGCAGGAUACAGGGGCAAGAAGAGAGUUGAGGCUCCACCCCACAUCUUCUCCAUCUCUGAUAACGCCUAUCAGUUCAUGCUCCAAGACCGUGAGAAUCAGUCCAUCCUUAUCACUGGAGAAUCUGGUGCAGGAAAGACUGUCAACACUAAGCGUGUCAUCCAGUACUUUGCGACAAUCGCAGUGGCUGGAGGAAAGAAAACCGAGCAAGUCCCUGGAAAAAUGCAGGGGUCCCUUGAGGAUCAAAUCAUUGCAGCUAAUCCACUGCUGGAGGCUUAUGGUAAUGCCAAAACAGUGAGGAAUGACAACUCAUCCCGUUUUGGUAAAUUCAUCAGAAUCCAUUUUGGCACAACUGGGAAAUUGGCCUCAGCAGACAUUGAAACAUAUCUGCUGGAGAAGUCUAGAGUGACGUUCCAGCUCUCUGCUGAGAGGAGCUACCAUAUCUUCUAUCAGCUCACAACAGGCCACAAACCUGAGCUCAUUGAGGCUCUCCUGAUCACCACAAACCCAUACGACUAUCCCAUGAUCAGUCAGGGUGAAAUCACUGUCAAGAGUAUCAAUGACGUUGAAGAAUUCAUCGCUACUGAUACUGCCAUUGACAUCCUGGGCUUCACCGCAGAGGAGAAAAUUAGCAUGUAUAAACUGACCGGAGCUGCGAUGCAACACGGAAACAUGAAGUUCAAGCAGAAGCAGCGAGAAGAGCAGGCUGAGCCAGAUGGCACUGAAGUCGCAGAUAAAAUCGCCUACCUUAUGGGCCUGAACUCAUCUGACUUGCUUAAGGCACUGUGCUACCCAAGAGUCAAAGUUGGAAACGAGUUUGUGACUAAGGGUCAGACUGUCCCGCAGGUCAACAACGCCGUCUCGGCACUCUGCAAGUCCGUGUAUGAGAAAAUGUUCUUGUGGAUGGUCGUCAGAAUCAACGAGAUGUUGGACACAAAGCAGCCGAGACAGUUCUUCAUCGGUGUGCUCGACAUCGCUGGAUUCGAAAUCUUUGAUUUCAACAGCCUGGAACAGCUGUGCAUCAACUUCACCAAUGAAAAACUGCAACAGUUUUUCAACCAUCACAUGUUUGUCCUGGAGCAAGAAGAGUACAAGAAAGAGGGCAUUGAAUGGGAGUUCAUUGACUUUGGUAUGGACUUGGCUGCCUGCAUUGAGCUUAUUGAGAAGCCAAUGGGCAUCUUCUCCAUCCUUGAAGAGGAGUGCAUUGUCCCCAAGGCAACAGACAUGACCUUCAAGAGCAAACUCUAUGACCAGCAUGUUGGCAAAAGUGCCCCCUUCCAGAAACCAAAGCCUGCCAAAGGCAAAGCUGAGGCCCACUUCUCCCUGGUGCACUAUGCUGGUACUGUUGACUACAAUGUCGUCGGCUGGCUGGAGAAGAACAAAGACCCCCUGAACGACUCUGUGGUACAGCUCUACCAGAAGUCUUCAACAAAGCUGUUGGCUUUCCUGUAUGCAUCUCAUGCCGCUUCAGAAGCUGAGGGCGGUGGUGGCAAGAAAGCUGGCAAAAAGAAGGGUGGCUCCUUCCAGACGGUGUCUGCAUUGUUCAGGGAGAAUCUGGGCAAGCUGAUGACCAACCUGAGGAGCACUCAUCCUCACUUUGUGCGCUGCUUGAUUCCCAAUGAGUCAAAGACGCCAGGUCUCAUGGAGAACUUCCUGGUCAUCCACCAGCUGAGGUGUAACGGUGUGCUGGAGGGGAUCAGGAUCUGCAGGAAAGGUUUCCCCAGCAGAAUCCUCUACGGUGACUUCAAGCAGAGAUACAAGGUAUUGAAUGCUAGCGUCAUUCCUGAGGGACAGUUCAUUGACAACAAGAAGGCCUCAGAGAAACUUCUGGGAUCCAUCAAUGUGGACCACUCUCAGUACAAGUUUGGUCACACCAAGGUGUUCUUCAAAGCCGGUCUGCUGGGAACUCUGGAGGAGAUGAGAGACGAGAAGCUGGCUGAGCUGGUCACAAUGACUCAGGCUCUCUGCAGAGGUUUCCUCAUGAGGCGCGAGUUUGUCAAGAUGAUGGAGAGGAGAGAUGCUAUUUUCUCCAUCCAGUACAACAUCCGUUCAUUCAUGAAUGUCAAAACCUGGCCGUGGAUGAAGCUGUACUUCAAGAUUAAGCCUCUGCUGAAGAGUGCAGAGACAGAGAAAGAGAUGGCCGCAAUGAAAGAGACCUUUGAAAAGACCAAAGAGGAUCUGGCAAAGGCUCUGGCUAAGAAGAAAGAACUGGAGGAAAAGAUGGUUUCUCUGCUGCAGGAGAAGAAUGACUUACUGUUACAAGUGCAGUCUGAAGGUGAAAACCUUGCUGAUGCAGAGGAAAGGUGUGAGGGGCUCAUUAAAGCAAAAAUUCAGCUCGAGGCCAAACUCAAAGAGACAGCCGAGAGACUGGAGGAUGAGGAGGAAAUGAACGCUGAGCUGACUGCAAAGAAGAGGAAGCUGGAGGACGAGUGCUCUGAGCUGAAGAAGGAUAUUGAUGACUUGGAGCUGACCCUGGCCAAAGUGGAAAAGGAGAAACAUGCCACUGAGAACAAGGUCAAAAACCUCACAGAAGAACUGGCUGCUCAAGAUGAGUCCAUUGCCAAGCUGAGCAAAGAAAAGAAAGCCCUCCAAGAGGCCCAUCAGCAGACCCUCGAUGACCUGCAGGCAGAGGAAGACAAAGUUAACAGUCUGACGAAGGCCAAGACCAAGCUGGAGCAGCAAGUGGACGAUCUUGAAGGUUCCCUGGAGCAAGAAAAGAAGCUUCGCAUGGACCUUGAGCGGGCUAAAAGAAAGCUUGAAGGUGACCUUAAACUGGCCCAAGAAACCAUCAUGGAUCUGGAGAACGAUAAGCAGCAAUCUGAUGAGAAAAUAAAGAAGAUUGAGAUGAACAAGAAGCGCGAGGCCGAGUUUCAGAAGCUGCGGCGUGAUCUCGAAGAGGCCACCCUGCAGCACGAAGCCACCGCCGCAGCUCUCCGCAAGAAGCAGGCUGACAGCGUGGCCGAGCUAGGAGAGCAGAUUGAUAACCUGCAGAGGGUCAAACAGAAGCUGGAGAAAGAGAAAAGCGAGUACAAGAUGGAGAUUGAUGACCUUGCAAGCAACAUGGAGGGUAUUGCCAAAGCCAAGGCAAACCUUGAGAAGAUGUGCAGGACAUUGGAAGAUCAGCUAAGUGAGCUCAAGUCAAAGAACGAUGAAAAUGUUCGUCAGCUGAAUGAUAUUGGUGCACAAAAAGCACGACUUCAGACUGAAAAUGGUGAAUAUUCACGCCAGAUCGAGGAGAAAGAAGCUCUCGUGUCUCAGCUGACCAGAGGCAAACUGGCCUACACUCAGCAAAUUGAGGAGCUUAAGAGGCACAUAGAGGAGGAAGUCAAGGCCAAGAACGCCCUGGCUCAUGCUGUCCAGUCAGCUCGUCAUGACUGCGACCUCCUCAGGGAGCAGUAUGAGGAGGAGCAGGAAGCCAAAGCUGAGCUGCAGCGUUCAAUGUCCAAGGCAAACAGCGAGGUGGCUCAGUGGAGGACCAAAUAUGAAACUGAUGCUAUUCAGCGCACUGAGGAGCUGGAGGAGGCAAAGAAAAAGCUCGCCCAGCGUCUCCAGGAUGCAGAGGAGUCCAUCGAAGCUGUGAAUGCAAAAUGUGCCUCUCUGGAAAAGACCAAACAGAGACUGCAUGGUGAAGUGGAGGACCUGAUGAUCGACGUGGAGAGAGCUAAUGCUCUGGCUGCUAACCUUGACAAGAAGCAGAGAAACUUUGACAAGGUUCUUGCAGAGUGGAAACAGAAGUAUGAGGAAAGCCAGGCAGAGCUGGAGGGAGCUCAGAAGGAGGCUCGUUCUCUCAGCACUGAGCUGUUCAAGAUGAAAAACUCCUACGAGGAAGCUCUUGAUCACCUGGAGACCCUGAAGAGGGAGAACAAGAACCUGCAACAGGAGAUAUCAGACCUGAGUGAACAACUUGGCGAAACCGGUAAAACCAUCCACGAGCUUGAGAAGGGAAAGAAGACAGUGGAAAUUGAGAAGUCAGAAAUCCAGACAGCUUUGGAAGAGGCCGAGGCUACUCUGGAGCACGAGGAAUCCAAGAUUCUCCGUGUUCAGCUUGAGCUCACCCAAGUCAAGAGUGAAGUUGACAGGAAGAUUGCAGAGAAGGACGAGGAGAUUGAACAAAUCAAGAGGAACAGCCAGAGAGUGAUCGAGUCCAUGCAAACCACUCUGGAUGCUGAGGUCAGGAGCAGGAAUGAUGCCCUGAGAAUCAAGAAGAAGAUGGAGGGAGACCUGAAUGAGAUGGAGAUUCAGCUGAGUCAUGCCAACCGCCAGGCAGCUGAAUCCCAGAAACAGCUGAGGAAUGUGCAGGGACACCUGAAGGAUGCCCAGCUCCAUCUUGAUGAAGCCAUUAGAAGCCAAGAAGACAUGAAGGAGCAGGUUGCAAUGGUGGAGCGCAGAAACAACCUGAUGCAGGCUGAGAUUGAGGAGCUGAGAGCUGCACUGGAGCAAACAGAGAGAGGCCGCAAGAUUGCUGAACAGGAGCUGGUUGAUGCCAGCGAGCGUGUGGGACUGCUGCACUCUCAGAACACCAGCCUUAUCAACACCAAGAAGAAGCUGGAGGCUGAUUUCAUUCAGAUCCAAGGUGAAGUGGAAGAUGCUGUCCAGGAGGCCAGAAAUGCUGAAGAAAAAGCCAAGAAGGCCAUCACUGAUGCUGCCAUGAUGGCAGAAGAGCUGAAGAAGGAGCAGGACACCAGUGCUCAUUUGGAGAGGAUGAAGAAGAACCUGGAGGUGACAGUGAAGGACCUGCAGCACCGCCUUGAUGAAGCUGAGAACCUGGCCAUGAAAGGCGGCAAGAAGCAGCUCCAGAAACUGGAGGCGAGGGUACGUGAGCUUGAAUCUGAAGUUGAAUCUGAGCAAAGACGAGGAGCUGAAGCUGUCAAAGGUGUUCGCAAGUAUGAGAGAAGAGUGAAAGAGCUUACCUAUCAGACGGAGGAGGACAAGAAGAAUAUUGCCAGGCUUCAAGAUCUGGUGGAUAAGCUGCAGCUGAAAGUGAAGGCCUACAAGAGACAGGCUGAGGAGGCUGAGGAGCAAGCCAAUACUCACAUUUCAAGGCUGAGGAAGGUUCAGCACGAGCUGGAGGAAGCUCAGGAGCGCGCUGACAUCGCCGAGUCCCAGGUCAACAAGCUGAGGGCUAAGAGUCGUGAAAUUGGAAAAGGAAAGGAAGCUGAAGAAUAAGCUGCAACGUCUAUGAGAGACUCAAAUGAGAAUCAUAAAAUAUGAUUUUUCGUUGAAAUACUCCCAUUAAAUGUUGUUGACUUGGCCAGUCUGCUGUCUUUAAACGUUCCACAAUAAAAACAAA